AUGGACAUGGAGACCGACCCAUCCUCGGCGUCAUCCCCAUCCCCGUCGUUGUCCCAUGCUCCUUUUGUGUCGGCUGAAGCAGCGGACGCCAGGCCUCAGCUCGCGCUGCUCGUCUUGAGGAGGAAGAAGUUCAACAAGCCUCAGUCGCCAAACGGAGUUGCAUCGCUCAAGAAAAACGGCAGCAGGAACCAAAUCAGAGCAGAGUCCCAGGGGUCGGUCCGGACUCCGGACUCCGGACGGAGGGGCGGCAUCCCAAACCCUAGCGCCGACGACUCUCCCUGCUGGCACAGCUUUCGUCUCACUGCCGCAGGAGCGGGGCAUCGGAAGUGCUUUUUCUCUACGGUGGCUGCUGCUGUGGCAGCACCAGCCACCGUACUUAUUGAGAGUUUUCCUGGAGCAGCAGCAGCGCUGCCAAUUAGACUGAUUGAGCAAGAAUUAUUCACGGACGUCCUCAGCCUCCCGCCCAGCGACGCCGCCGCCUUCCUCGCCGCGCUCGGCGGCGCCACCGAGGCCGAGUGGCAUUGCGGCAAGAGGCAGCGCAUUGGCGGUGGGCGGUGGCAACCAGCAGGUGCCGGCGCUGGCGGGGGCUCUGAUGAACGAGUUCGUCCUGCCGCUGCCACUGCGGCCCCAGCCCCGGUUCCGGAGACCCUCGUGUUCGUGCGCGGCGUGGACGCCAAUAAGGCCACCGCGGCGGCGGCGCGUGCCAGGCCGUUCAGAACUCAGCGGCAAGGCUGCGCCGGAAGCGGAUCAGCGAGAAGACGGCCGAGCUGGCGCGGCUCUUCCCAGGGGCGCACAAGCUCAACACCGCCGAGAACACGACUUCACGCGUUUUUCGUUAAGGAGUGCCAGAAGAACGACCAUGUCAAUCUCCUGCAGGCGCAGGUCGGCUUGCUCGCCUUCAUGCGCGCCGCCGGCUCAAGCUUGGUGCGUACCACUAGCCAAAAACUGGCAACCAUUAUGGAGAAUAUUCGGUUGCCUUUGAUGCCGUCCAUGCGAGGCGCCACCUGGGAGGUGGAUGCACCUCACUGCCAGGGCUGUUCUGUUCAGUUUACCUUUUUUACUAGGAAGCACCAUUGCCGAAGAUGUGGGGGCGUGUUCUGCAACAGCUGCACCCAGCAAAGGAUGGUUUUACGUGGACAGGGCGAUUCACCUGUUAGAAUCUGUGAUCCUUGCAAAAAGCUUGAGGAAGCAGCACGCUAUGAAUUGAGAUAUGGACACAGAAAUAUAGCUGCAAGAGCUACCACAAAAACAACCUCAAAACCAGAAGAUGAAAUUCUAAGUGAAAUUCUUGGAGGUGAUGGAGUGCAGAUCCAGGUUUCUGGCAAGGAAUCUCUGAAUUCUGAGUUUCCUGGGAUAAGUGCAAUCAGUGCCAGUUCCUCCGGAUCCAGUUUGAGAAGAACUACUGCUAAUUUGAGUAUGGACACAAAUGGAGAUGAGAGAGGCUACCACAAAAACAACCUCAACAACACGGCAUCUGUUUUUACCCCAGAGGAGUUGCGCCAACAAGCUGUAGAAGAGAAGAAAAGGUACAAAACUUUGAAAUCAGAAGGUAAACCGGAUGAAGCACUGCGGGUUUUCAAGCUUGGUAAAGAACUUGAGAGGCAAGCUGCAGCACUUGAAUUAGAAUUGAGAAAGAGCCGGAGAAUGGCUACAAAAGCUCCUAAUGUAGCUGCUGCAGUUAGUACCCCAACGACUGAUAAUUUUGAUGAGUCUGAAACAAAAAGGUAUUCAGCUGGGAAAAGGGUCAAGAAAGAAAAGAAUGAUCUUGCCUCUGAGCUCAGAGACCUAGGCUGGUCAGAUGCAGACCUUCGUGAUGAAACGAAGGCAGCCCCUAUGAGUGUGGAAGGAGAGCUGUCACAGCUUCUUAGAGAGGUGGCCCCUAAAUCAUCGGAGGGCAAGAAAACAGGUGGUAUCGAUAAAUCUCAGGUUAAUGCUCUGAAGAGGCAAGCCUUACUGCUGAAGCGGGAAGGUAGACUUGCUGAAGCAAAAGAAGAGCUGAAGAAGGCUAAAAUCUUGGAAAAACAACUAGAGGAACAGGAGAUUCUGGGUGAAGCAGAAGACUCGGAUGAUGAUUUGGCUGCCAUUAUUCGGAACAUGGACGAUGAUAAGCAUGAUGACAUAUGGAUGGAUGAUCCAAACUUCCCUGUUUUUAACUUUGAACAAAUUCUGGGUGCCUCUAAUGAUCUUGCCAUUGAUGGAUACUUUGAUGUUACGGAUGAUGACAAGAAUGACCCAGAUAUGGCUGCUGCCCUAAAAUCAUUUGGCUGGAGUGAGGAGGAUGACAAACAAUUGGAACAUCAUGAGCCUGUUUCUUCUUCAAAUCAGGAUGUGCUAAAGGAGCAAGUGUUUGCUCUUAAAAAAGAGGCUGUCGCAAACAGAAGGUCUGGUAAUGUUGCAGAAGCCAUGACCUUGCUUAAGAAGGCAAAACUAUUUGAGAAGGAUCUGGAAACUGAAGAGCCAGAAUCAAAGGUUGCUUCUCCAGAGGGACAGAAAACUAUGCUUGCAGAAGAUGUCACUUUUGCAGGGACGACUGCACGACCUGUAUUGGUGCAUAGAAGUAAGCUAGCAAUUCAGAGAGAACUGUUGGCUCUGAAGAAGAAGGCACUAGCUUUGAGGAGGGAAGGGAAGGUGGAUGAGUCUGAGGAAGAGCUGAAGAAAGGUAGCAUUCUAGAAAAACAGCUUGAAGAACUUGAGAAUGCUUCCAAACCACCUGUAGCAAAGGAAACCAGGAACUUUGCAUCUAAUCCCCCGUACAAGGUUGAACCCCCAAGUCUCAAUCUUGCUGAUGAUGGAUGUGAACCUGAGGUUACAGACAACGACAUGGAAGAUCCAGCAUUGUUAUCCAUGCUGAAAAAUAUGGGGUGGGAAGAUGUUGAUACUGAUUCUGCAAAAAGAAAUGACAAACCAUUGAUUUCUUCACAUUUAGUUACUCAGAAAUCAUCAAAAGCUAAGGUUCAGCUUCAGAAGGAAUUGCUUGGUAUAAAAAGGAAGGCUCUUGCACUCAGACGGGAAGGGAAAAACAUAGAAGCUGAGGAGGAACUGGACAAGGCUAAGGUCUUGGAGCAGCAACUUGCAGAGAUUGAAGAAUCAAAUAAUUCGACUGCUAGUCAAGGUGUUACUACUGCUGGACAUCAGAUUAUUGAAAAUAAAUUUGAUGUUCAGCAUGUCUCUAGUAUUGAUGCAACUGUACCCACAUCUUCAGUAACAAAAAUGAAAUGGGACGAUAUGUUGCAGGUGCAUGGAUCUGAACCUGGUAUAUCUAUGGAUACUCUGGGUGAUUCUCCAAGCAAACUGCAGGUUGAGACAACGGGUUCUAAACAAAUUCAUGUGGCAAAAGAAAGUAGUGAUGGAGCAUCGUCAGCCUUGUCAUGGCCAGCUUAUACUAAUUCUGUGGGAUCUGAAAAAGGGUCACAUUCACCUUCUGAACUACGUGUUGGUAAAGAGCCUCACAAAACACAUGGAGAUGAUAUUCUUACAGAUGAGAUCUUAUUUCAUAAGAGAAAAGCAGUUGCCUUCAAGAGAGAAGGGAAGAUGGCAGAAGCUAGAGAAGAACUGAAACUGGCAAGACUCUUAGAAAAACACCUUGAAGGUGCUCAACAAGACAGCAUGGAUGGUGGUGAUAACUGCAUUACUCCUGCUGGGGAACAGAGCACCGUGGUCCAACAACGUGCUAGUUCUAGCAUCCAAACUGAUGGUGUGGCCUCUGCCCCUCCUGCACAAGCGAGCAAGUCGACACGACAUCAGAAAGCAAUGUCCAGCCGAGACUGUCUUAAAACCCAACGUGAAUCCCUAGCUCACAAGCGCAAUGCCCUCAAGUUGCGGAGAGAAGGAAAGAUUGCAGAAGCAGAUGCAGAAUUUGAACUGGCCAAGGAGCUAGAGAGCCAACUGGAAGAGUCAGACAACCAAGGUUCAAGCUCCGGAGGCAAGUCAGGUGAACCAAACAAUGCAAUGGUGGAGGAUCUUCUUGAUCCUCAAAUCAUGUCCGCCCUAAAAUCCAUCGGUUGGAGCGACAUGGAUUUAUCCAUGCAGUCUUCUAGUGCACAACCUCCUAAGCCCCCGCAGACUUCUCCGCAGAAAGUGGAAGUGAAGCCAGCCAUUACAGUGACCAGCAAGCCUCAGAACGAGAGAAGUCAGCUUGAAGAACAGAUCAAGGUGGAGAAACAAAAGGCACUCAACUUGAAGCGGGAAGGGAAGCAGACUGAGGCCUUGGAGGCCCUUCGCUCAGCAAAGCGACUGGAGAAGAAGUUGUCCUCGCUUAGCUAA